AUGAGGAGAAAAUCAAUUGUCAAUUAAUUUAUGAAUGAAUGUGGUAAUGGACUUCUAGUCAAUAAAUAUGAUGAGUGUGAUGAUGGAAAUAUUUUUGGAGGAGAUGGAUUUUCUUCAUUUUUUAAUAUGAAGAAUUCAUAUCACUAUAUAACUGAGGAAGAGUCAUUAAGAUUAUGA